AAAAGUCGGGGCCAGCGAACGGUGGGGGGGAGGGGGGGGUUCAGACGGUUCGCGAGCAGAGCAGAGCACGCACAGGACGAAAAGAUGUGGGUGCGCGCCGCGCGCGCUGCUCGUCUGCCCCCUUCCUUACCUCUUGCUCUCUUGCUUUUGUCUGAUGAAGCUUUGGCUUAUGAUUUGGGCUUCGGCAAGGGUUUUCGAGGCCAAGAGAGUUCAGAUUCGAAAGACUUGACGAGUCGGGUGGGGGUUGGGAAAGACAUUCGACUGGGGCAUCGGGAAGAAACUUCUUGCGCGCGCGACCCCGGGGGGUCAACGUUCGCCAUCUCGUACUGGUACACACAAUGAGCACGGCCUUCUAUCAGGUCGAUUGGGCGAAUUUUUACGGCAUUUGCCAAUGCUUCCCCCCCUCCCGCAACUAAAAUCUGAGGCGGGGGCAAUUUAUGACGUCGGAGUGGGGGAAAUUGCAUUUUUGUUGGUGGGAUUUUUCGUUCGUGCGCGGGAGCUUUCUUUUAUGGCCUUGAUACUUUGCACGCCAAGGGCUGGUUUGUUGGUGCUUUUUUUGCCGAGUGCGAGUGCGAUACAAGGCAGAACCGUGCACAUCCGUCCACGUUUACCUGCGCUGAGCUGCCAGGAGAAAGAUUUUGUCGACUUGCGAAUCGUCGAGACCUUGAGUCUGAGUCUGAGUCUGAGUCUGAGUCUGAGUCUGAGUCUGAGUCAAGAGUUUGAGUGUGCAGGUGUCCAACGUGCCACCGUUGCCAGUUGAGUCGUUAGUCUUGAGUGG